AUGCUUAUUUGGCUUCGUACUCGAAAUGAUUUAAAUAAAUCUUAUAUUCCAUUAAUCAAUGUUUUACUACUUUUAUGUUGUUAUCGACCAUUACUUUUAGAAGUUUUGGUGCAUGGCUUUGGUCUUGGAGCAUGGGUACAUUUAUUAUCAAAAUUUUUAUUUACUGCCUCAGUUGGUUUACCAACUCUUCAACUUUAUUUAUCAUUACCAAACAAUAAUUAG